UGUGUACAGUCUAAAACUCAGCUCAGAGAGUCAGAGAGAGGAGCUCUGAAUGCCAUGGCAGACCCCAAACCUGAAGGAACCCACGAGCAGCUGAAAUGCUCUAUCUGCUCAAACACAUUCACGUGCCCUGUGACCCUAUCCUGCACGCACAACUUCUGCAAGGCCUGCCUGGAAGAACGGUGGGACAAAGUGGAGAACGAGGAUAGCUACAGCUGCCCAGAGCACACCUUUGAAACAAGACCCCAAAUUCAAAAGGAUCCGCUCCUUAAUGGAACAGGGGUGGAGCCGUCGAACAAAGAGGCAGAUGAAAUCAACACCUCCCCCUCUGAAGAGAAGGACAAGGUCCUAGAACAGGACGUAGAGGUCAUAGAGAAGAAUGACAUGACUGAGGAUGUGGUCUGUGAUUCCUGCAUCGAGACUCAGUCCAGGGCUGUAAAAUCCUGCCUCACCUGCCUGGUCUCUUACUGCGAAGCCCAUCUGAGACCUCACAUGGAGAAUAGCAAGUUUCAGUACCACAAACUGGUGGAGCCGCUGCGGGACAUCGAGGGCCAGACCUGCGAGGUCCACAACAUGCCUCUGGAUCUCUUCUGCCAGGAGGACUGGAGCUGCAUAUGCCAGGAGUGUGUAAUCGAGGAGCACAGCGGGCACAAAACUGCGCCCUCCGGGGAAGCCAGGAAGGAGGUGGAGAAUGAACUAAAGCAGACAAAGACUGAGCUGGACAAGAAGGUGACAGCAGCAGAGACCGCUAUCAACAAACUGCAGACCAACGCCACCUCCAUUGAGAACUCAGUGCAGGAAGUGAAGGUCAGCAUUGACCAGCAUUUCUCAGAGCUGCUGGAGGCUGUUGAGAAGGCUAAGAAGCAGGUGAUGGAGGUCCUGGACAGUGAGGAACGCUCAGCAGUGAAGCAGGUGGAGGGCAUCAGGGCACACCUCGAGCAGAAGUGCGCAGAACUCAAGAAAAGCCACACCCAGAUUGAGAGGAUGACCAAGAACAAGAAUGAUGUUCCCUUCCUCCAGGAGUACAGCGAGUGGAAGAAGGGGGCUGCCGAUGACACCCUACCCAGCGUCUACAUUGGGCUGAAGGAUAGACUCACCUCCUUCAGCAGAGUGGUGUCUGAGACCUCACAGGUUAUUCGGGACGAGCUGCUCUCCACCUUCAAAAAACAGCUCAAAGAGCUCUGCAAAGAUGAAAAAUGUGGAAUUAAAACCACAGUGGCUGUAAUCCGCUCCCCUAAGCAUCACUUUUCAGCCCCUGAACCGAAGACCAGGAGUGAUUUCCUACAAUAUACCUCCCCGGUGAGCUUUGACCCCGACACGACGCACCGGUACUUGCGGCUGACAGAGGACAACCACAAGGUGACCAACACUGCCCCAUGGCAGCACCAGUACCCGGACAGGCCAGAGCGGUUCGAGCACUGGCGGCAGGUGCUGUGCGCAGAAAGCUUCUACCUGGGCCGCCAUUACUUCGAGGUGGACAUCAGCGGAGAGGGUACCCACGUUGGGCUCACCUACAAGAGCAUCGACCGCAAGGGGAAGGAGAGCAACAGCUGCAUCACCGGCAACGACUUCUCCUGGUGCCUGCACUGGAGCAGCAGGGACUUCUCAGCCUGGCACGGUGACUUGGAGACGCCCGUCAAGGACGUUGGCAAGUUCACCAGGAUCGGCAUCUACGUGGACUACGCAAGGGGGAGCCUGGCUUUCUACGGCGUCGCUGACUCCAUGACUCUCAUCCACAAGUACCAGGCAGAGUUUACUGAGCCACUCUAUCCUGCCUGCUGGCUCUCGAAGAAAGAGAACGUUGUGCUGCUGGUGAGCCCCGGAAAGAGCCCGUCACCCCCUCUAACACCGCCAAGAGCGGCCGGGGUGCAAACUGCACAGUAGCAUGUUUCAAAGGGGGUUUAUACUACCUAGCACCUUUUAGACUCUCUUAUCCUCUAGUUUCCCCAUGCAUGACAAUUGAGAAGUCUUUUCUCACCGACCGUUCCCAAAUCACUUGCCGUGGAUAAAAAACUACUGUCAUGUGAUAAUGUGAUGAGAUUGAUCAGAACACCCUCUACUGGGCUUAUUUUGUAUUACAACAGGUGUCCCUUAUUCAACAAAAUAUUUUCUGCAUUUCUGCAUCUACAGUAUGCAGUCAAUAUGCACGACACAAACCUGUUACAAACCACUCAGUAUUAGGCUUUUAUUAGUACGACCUGGUUAUUGUAACAAGUAUUUUGCAAUGCUGAUGGUUGAUAAAAACAGAUCUUAUUUUUAAUUUAUACUCUGGGUAUCAAUAAUUCAUGCAUUUUUUAAAAUUUUUAUAUCCAUUCUGUAUCAUUAAAUUGGGUUGCAUGUAACAGAACAUAAAAAAAACACCUGCAUGUAUAUACCCCAUAAAUAUAAUGCCUGAAAUGUGAUUUUAUUUAAUGUUAUUUUUAAAUCUUGGGGAUUGACAGUUGAGGCUAUUGCUAUUGGGUAUAAGCUGUGUUACAAGAAAGUGUCUUAGCAAAUGAUCUUCAGCGGUAAUCUAUUACUGUACAGUGCUGGCACACCGAUGGUACAGCAUGCUGAUCAAUGCACACUGAUGAACCAUCGAGGUACCAUGAUACCACUGUGUGUACCGCCGGGUUUGCUGCUAUUGUAGGCUAUGAUAUGGUCUGCUAUUGGUUCUGCUGUGGUUUCUGUGGGGUAAUACCCUGGAAUUGUAGUGGUGGUGUUUUUCAAACUGUUCUGUAAUGCAUCAAAAUAACUGACUUGUAAUUACCCUGUUACUCUGUUGAAAAGUGGGUUGCAAAUUGUCUUUUUUUGUAACAAUGGCUUGGAUUUUAGAUAGGAAAAAAAAAAACACUAACAAUGUAUUGAUGUAUAACAAGUGUGAUAAUUA